AUGCCUUCACAAACACGCGAUACGGCUCCACUGCUGAGCGAUGGGGAGCCCAGAGACGACAGAUCAGACGCUUAUAAUGAUGAUGACACCUCAGCCCGUGGUGUUCGGAUCUUCGGCUACGACGUCUCCAAGCAUUCCAUCGCCCUUACCAUUUUUAUCUUUCUCACAACACUCGCAAUCGUUUUUGGAUCAAUUGCUGCUGGCAUUUUGGUCGGCCGUCAUGGACAGGGCAAGCAUAAUCCACCGGCACCGGCACCGGCACCCUCUCAACCCCCAAAGCACGACAAGCCUCAUAAGCACAAGGGAGACAAGAGCCAUGGCGCUGAUGUUUGUAUGACUCCGGAAUGUGUCCUGACUGCUGCUUCUAUUCUGCAAACUGUCAACAUGUCGGCAUCACCCUGUGACGAUUUCUAUGAGUUUGCUUGUGGAAACUGGGUUGCAUCUCACGAUAUUCCGGAUGAUCAGGGUUCUACUUCAGAGCCUUACCUUAUGGUGGAGGAAAGUCGGCGCAUUAUGAGGGAGAUUCUGGAAGGAGACUUCAGUUCCAGUACGAAGGAUGGUUUCGGUUUCCCUGCUUCUGACGACUUGGUGGACAGACAGAACUUCGAGAAAGUCCAGGCAACCUAUAAAGCCUGCAUGAACGAGUCUGCCGUUGAGGCACUUGGAGCCAAGCCCAUUCAAGACCUUCUUACCAAGGUUAUUCUUCACUAUCCGGUUGGUGUUGCCUCGGAUGGGUCAAUCUCCGCAAACUUGACCGAGGCCUUCCUUUACAUGAGCCACCUUUCACUCAGCCCAUUCCUUGAGUUGGAUGUCGGAGAGGACUCCAAGAACCCUGACUAUAAUAUCCUCAGUGUAGCCCAGCCUGACAACGGCUUGCCUUCUAAGGAGUACUACAAAGAUGCGAAAGUGGUUGAGAUGUACGUUGACGCCAUUGCCGAGCUUUUCCAGAAGAUCUUGGACUCUUCGAUUGCGGAUCCAGACACUUUGAAGCACAGGUAUAGCAAAAUUGCUAAGGCUGUCGUGGACUUGGAGGACAAGGUUGCCCAGGCUGGCCUUGACUUCGAGGAUCUCAACGACGAGGUUGCGACUUACCAUGAUAUGUCGGUGCAAGAGGCCGCCAAGCUUGUCACUGCCAUCGAUCUCGAGAGGGUCGUGAAGUCUCUUGCCCACGAGUUACCUGAGAAGAUCAUCAUUAGGUCACCUGAAUACCUACAGAAGCUGGAGAAGAUCAUCUCUGAGACUCCUAAGGAAACAGUUCAGUACUAUCUUUUGUGGAAGGUGAUGGAGGUGUACUCUCCUUACCUUGCAUCCGACAUUUACGCUCCUCUUCGUGGCUUCCGCAACCAGUUGCAAGGCAAAGACCCGGAGACUAAGUCUGCUCGCUGGAAGACCUGUAUCAACCAGGUCGAUGAGACUGUUGGUUUCUUGGCCGGUCGUUAUUACGUUCAGCGUCAGUUUAGUCAAGGAUCCAAGGAGAAGGCUGAGAGCCUGGUCAAUAACGUUAAGGAAGCUUUCGUCGACCAUCUGCGUAAGCUUGACUGGGUGGAUGAUGAGACAAAGGACAUGUCCGCCAAGAAGGCUAGGGCAUUGGUGACUAAGAUUGGAUACCCUACCAAGUCUCCCAACCUUGAUGACCCUAUCAGUUUGGCUGAAUACUACGAGAUGCUGCGUAUCGAGCCUGACGAAUUUUUCGGUAAUUACCUCCGUGCCUCCCACAUUGAGUUCAACAAGGAUAUGAAGAAGAUUGGAAAGCCGGUGGAUCACGACCGCUGGCUCAUGACCCCCUACACCGUUAACGCGUACUACAACCCACCCGGUAAUGAGUUGGUCUUCCCAGCUGGUAUCUUGUCCAAGCCAAUGUUUGACGCCAAGUACCCGUCGUACAUCAACUACGGCGCCAUUGGUUCUGUCAUUGGUCACGAGACAGGGCAUGCAUUCGACAACCUUGGUCGCCACUUUGACGAGACGGGUAAGAUGCGUGAUUGGUGGUCAAAUGCUACCGUUGCCGAGUUUGAGAAGCGGACUCCUUGCUUUGUAAACCAGUACUCGAACUACUCAGUCAAGGGUCCUGAUGGUGAGGAAGUCCACGUCAACGGAAAGCUUACUUUGGGUGAGAAUUUGGCCGAUAAUGGAGGUAUUCGUGCGGCUUACAACGCUUGGAAGAAGGAGCAGAAGGGUCUUAAGCGGAAGGACAGGGAUCAGAAGCUUCCGGGUAUUGACCUUACACCCGAGCAGCUCUUCUAUGUGUCGUUCAGCAGAUUCUGGUGCGGAAAGGCAAGACCUGCUCAAGCCGUUCAGCAGGUGAGAACGGACGAACACUCGCCUCGUAACGUUCGUGUCUUGGCAGCUGUUGCCAAUUCUCCGGAGUUUGCGAAGGCGUUUGGCUGCAAGAAGAACAAGGACCGAUGUGAGUUGUGGUAG